CUGAAUAUCAUUCGACACCCACGACAUAGCUUGAGAAGCACUCCAUCUGAGAAACAAUGGCGACAGAGAAAUCAGUAAUGGCGGUGAUUAGGGCAUCAAGACCCAGCUUCAGAAACGCUCACGACAAAGUAGCAUUCGCAGUCCACGCCGCCUUCAUCUCCUCCGGCUACCUCCUCACUGCCACCGGUAACCCCGCCUUCUCCGAAACCGCUCUCUCUUCUACCUCUACAGAUGAAGUGGGGAUUGAGCGAUGGAACGAACUUCAGGAUGAUUAUGCCUUCGUAUAUUUCAACCCUGAGAAGGGUUCCAAAAAAGUGUUGGUGAAGUGUCUCGUUAUGAAUGACAAAUUGCUUGUUGCUGCUUUGGCCGAUGGGGCUUCUGAGCCGAUCCAUCUUGAAAUCAAUGUUGAGGACUGUGUUGCUGAAAAUGGGGGUACCAAUUAUUCUGGGCAGUUCAAGAAUUUGGAUAAGCUCGUGAAGACUCUGGAUAAGGACAUUUUGUCGAAAUUGGAUGGUUCAUCUGAUAAACCCACCAGUUCAGAAACAAGACCAGGACAGAGACAGAACCUAAACGAGCCUGGCAUGGGAGUUGCUGAGCCUCAACAUCUUCAAACCUAUCCCGCAGGACUUGUAUACCCUCCUGUUAAUCCUAUUGGUGGCAGUGAUCUCUUUCCGGGACCUGGCGCUGGAAUGUACCCUACCAGGGGCGAUUUUGGUAGUGGGUCCAUGCUUUUAGGACCUAAUGAUCCUCGCUGGUUUGGUGGAGUAGGUGGAGACCCCAGCUUUCCUGGAGGACAACCAGGUGUUCCACCUGGUGCUCGAUUUGAUCCUUAUGGCCCACCUGGUGUUCCUGGUUUUGAGCCUAAUAGAUUUACCAGGAUGCCUAGGAGACCUGGUGGAGGAACUCAUCCAGACUUGCAACACUUUGGCACUGGUUCUGAUUUCUAGAGGUCAUGCUCCCCUCCCCCUGUCCCUGAGUUCGCUUUUGAAUGAAGAAAAUGGAAAAAUGAAACCAGAGACUUGUUUUUAAUAAUAAUAGUAUGAUACACUCGGUUGUAGAGAUUUUUCAGUCUAAUUUUCUUUGCUUUUCUAUGUAUACAUGCUCGUAAGGUUAAAAUAUUUAAUACAACUUCCACAAGUCCUUGACCGAGAUCUACCAGUUAAGCUUGAGCCAUUGUUGCAUCGAUGCAGUAUUUUGUUUGACCAACCAUAACGUUGUAGGGUUGUACCUGUUUUUCCGCUGGGUAUUCCCGGAAUAGCAAUGCAGUUGGGCAGUGGGAGAAGGGGUUCUUCUAGUUUUAA